AAAAACAAUUGAUGUUUCAUAGACACCUUAUUAUGCACCCAAACUGAAGGUAAUUUUUAAACACAAUAUUUUUAAAAAUAAUUUUGACAUUAUCUCAGCUACCAAUGAGAAUACUUUUGGAAUUCCAGAAAAGGCAGACCCAACCUGUACAUAAGAUGCAAUCACAUAGAAAUUAUUUUUUCUAUUAUUUUUUAAAAAACUGAAAUUAAGCAGGGAAAAUCAUAGAUACUGAUUUUCCUGUAAACAUUUCAAAAUGUGUGGCUAAAUAUCCGAAGAGCUACAAAAGAAGCAAGACAAAUACCACUAGAAACUAGAGGAAUCAAGUAGAAUACACAAUUUUGUGAGUAUUUGGGUGCAUCUCAUUUUUAAAUUUCAUUGCAAAGGAAAUAUGGAAAACUGUAUCAGAUGGGUUUCCAACUGCCUUUAAAACAUUUAAAAUCUACAGACAUAUGAAAUGUACCCUGCCACCCUAGUUUUGGAGAGUAUACUCAUACUCUGUAAAAUGCAACUAGAAACAUGACUAUUGGGAAUUAAAACAAGGGUUACUGGUGGCAUGAUGUGCUCAGCAAAGGCUGGUGGCCACAUUAUUGCUUGGGCAGUAAACCCCUUCCAGGGUUGCUAGCUGCAAAUGAACUUGUUUAGGAAUAGGGAUUAGCACCUUGGAAAGCUCCCAUAAAGCCUAGGUGACAACUUGUAUUAACUGCCCCUGAAUUUCAGGCCCUUCUACACAGCUGUAUAAAAUCCACAUUAUCUGGUUUGUAUGGAUUAUAUGGCAAUAUAGAUUAAAAUAAACCAGUUCAAAUCAGAUAAUGUGGAUUUUCUGCUUUGAUAACCUGGAGUAACUGGCAGUGUAGAAGGGGCCUUAGACUCCGCUGCUGCUGCCGCCUCUUGGGAACCACAUUUAACUCUAGGAAGCAAGUUCCAGAGUCUGGAAGUAACCAUUUGAAACACCCUCUCUAUGUUCUCACCAAAUACACAUGAAUGAGUGGCAAGGUGGGUAGACUAGCAAAGAGGUAGGCUUACAUUGGAGAAUAUGAUUCUUCAGGUAACCUGAAGAACGUUCACACUACAAAAUUAUAGUGGGGGUUGCAGUUUGGUGAGGCACUGGCAUACUCUAGUACGGCAUUCUAACUUCCCCUCUCUAAACUGCAAAUUCCAAGUUUCCAUAGGAGGGAAUAUGUUGCAAUUAAAGUGGAAUAAUAAUUCUAUAAUUCUGUACAGGGAAUGCCCCCUCCCCCUUGAUGACAGACCUCUAAAAAGCAGUGAUGUAUAAGACCCUAAGAGGUCUGCUUUUUAAACUGUGGGUCCCAACCCCAAAAUCUGGCAACAGUUUAAAAGUUUCUGAAUGCCACCUAGACCUUUAUAGGAAUCUGUUAGCAACAAUGUGCAGUGUUUACAGUGGGCUCUGCAGAAAAUGCUUCAAGUGUUUUCCACAAAAAAUAUAUGGUAACUGUGCCGUCGCGCCUGGGGCUGUAAACUCUUAGUGAAAGAGGCAUGGACGUGACAUCUUUCCCCAGGGGAUUGCUUCUUGCCCUCCUUUAGGGAAACUGGAACUCCCAAGGACCAAAACACUGUAGUUAACUCAAAACUGGGUUUAUUCUUCACAAAGGGGGUAAAAGAAAAUAUACAUUACAGUCUUUGAUUGUUUAAGUCCAUGAAGCUUGUCCAGAUCCCUCUUUCUCUGGCUGUGAAUGCUGGAGCAAACUCAGCCUCAGUCCAAUGACCUAUAUCUGAAGACAAGAGUCUUCCUCUGUUGCCAAAGGACUGAUGUGAAGGCGCUUGAGACACAGCACAAAAGAUAGUCAGAGCUAACGUUCUAGCCAAAGCCCUAUCACAGGAACUAACCCAAGAAAACCUUAGUUUCCUGCCAACACAAGAGCCUACAGCAAAGGUUUCAGCACACCUGCAACUGGCACCACCUGUAGUGCAGAGUCAUAUCUCCUUUUGCCACCUUGAAGAUCCCUCACCUGUUCCAGUGUUCGCGACUUCAAGGCCAGCCCAUUCCUCAGAAGUACAGCAAAGCACGGCCGGGAGAGUGCCAUCUCUGUCAGAGUCCAUCCCUGUACUUAGGCCUCAGAGAUACCACUUGUCUACUUGGGAACAAAAGGAUGACGUCUUUCAACAACAUCCAGAUGUCCAUUCACAUUGGCAAGGCAUGGCCGGGAGUGAACCACCACAUUCAUCCCUGCAUACCAAGUCAAUUCUCCCAUCGCUGAAGAUGAAGGCUUCAGAGGUGCUGCCUGCCAGCGAUCUGCUGAACCCAGCAUCGCCUACCAUCGCGAAAAGAUGUGUUCAACCGAAGAACAUUGAGUUUGUCACGCCACAUCACACUCCUCAGAUGUACCCUUACACACUGGAGUCUCAAUUGGGUUCCCUCUUGAGAAAUCCAAGAAGAGACAUCAGAGACAAAGGCGUCCAGAAAUUCACUGACCGACCAGAUGACUACCUUCUGUGGAAAAUCACCUUCAUGAGGGCCAUUCGAGAUUUCAAGCUAGAAGCAGAUGAAGAACUGUCCCUUCUUAUGGCGUGGCUUGGACCCAGCUCAGCCGAGCAAGUAAAAAGACUUUAUGCUGCUCAUGUAGCAGACCCCCAAAGAGCUUUGUCCACAGCGUGGUCUCGCUUGGACCAGCGCUUCGGUGCGAGCACUGAGAUAGAAGCAUCCCUCAUGGAUCGACUCAACAGGUUCCCAUCACUGAAGAUGAAAGAUUGCAAACAGCUUUGGGACUUUAGUGAUCUUUUACUAGAGCUAGCUUCAGCCAAAGGAAAUCCAGAGCUGCCAGGUUUAGCAUGUCUGGACCAGCACACGUCGCAGAGUGCCAUCCUCUGCAAACUUCCUUUUCCUCUUCGAGAAGCUUGGGGGAAACAGGUGUUCAAGUACAAAGAGGAGAAUGCAAAUGUAUACCCGCCCUUCACCUUUUUGGUGGAUUUCGUCACUAGAGCAGCCCGUGAGAGGAAUGACCCUCAAACAGGUCUUCUCGCUUUGUACCAAGACCUAAAGCCUGAAAAGACCUCCAAAGAAGACAAAGCCCAGGGCAAAGAUCUUAGAAGGAACCUGAGUGUCAAGAUGACAGACGCAACUCCUGCAACUUCUGCUCAACCAGUCAGCAACAACACCAUAUCCUGUCCCAUUCAUCAAAGGCCACACAGCCUAGCUGAAUGCAGAGAGUUCGCAAAGAAGCCUUACAAAGAACGACUCCAAAUAGUUCAAAAGGCCAAGGUGUGCUUUAGAUGCUGCAGCGCCACUAUUCACUUCUCCAAAGACUGCAAAGAAAAGGUUAAAUGCCAACACUGCAACAGCAUCAAGCAUUGCUCUGCAAUGCACAACUUCGAUUCCCCUCAAUUCAAAGCAAAGUCAAAUUCUCCUGCCAAAGAAGAAACCAAAGAAGACCAAAAGCCUACAGAACCUCAGGUAGCCCUCAAGGCUCCUGCGGUUGCCUGCACCAAGCUUUGUCAAAAUAGCCACAAGCCAAGGAUUUGCCACCCAAUCUGCCUGGCAGAGGUGUAUCCAGACAAGCAGCCGUGGAAUAAGAAAAGGGUCUACGUCGCCUUGGAUGCCCAAAGUGACGCAUCUCUUGCAACCCCAGAGUUCUUCGACAUGUUCAACCUUCAUACUGAGACAAUAGAUUACACCAUAUCCACUUGUUCCGGAAAGAAUAAGAUGAAUGGCAGAGUUGCAACAAAGUUCAAAAUCUCGCCUGUUGGACAAAAGGUCAGGUACGAUCUUCCUGACCUUAUAGAAUGCAGCCUGAUUCCCAGGAACAAAGAACAGAUAGCCACGAAGGAGGUGGUACAAGCCCAUCCUCAUCUCAAAGGUAUUCAAGAUCUAAUACCAGCUUUGGACUUGGAAACAGACAUCGUCAUGCUUAUCGGUGCAGAUUGUCCCACACUGUUCCGUGUUAGCAACCAGAUUGAAGGUCCUAAGGGAUCACCCAUGGCCCAGCAGUUGCCUUUAGGAUGGACGGUGUUAGGCCCAGUCUGCCUGAACAAGAUGUUCCAGCCUGUCACUAAAAGGCCUUCACUAAUGCAAGGAUGUGCCAGCCACAUCUCAGUUUGCUGCCAGGGAGUAAUGCCAGAUUACUCUCCCAUCAUCGAAGUCACAGAGAGAGAUGAGCAAACAGCCUUCUCUAAAAAUGAACAGAAGUUUCUUGAGAUGAUGAACAACCAAGUCACUCAAGACCCUGAAGGUAAUUGGAUAGCACCUUUACCUUUCAAGCCGGAAAGACCAUCUCUACCCAACAACAGAGAUGUUGCCCUUCAUCGUCUCCUGUCCUUAAGAAGAAGGAUGCUAAAGGAUCCGAAGGUAAAGACCCAGAUCACCCAGUUUGUGGAAGACCUCUUCAGAAGCAACUAUGCUGAACCAGCUAGUGUGUGUGCGGAGGGAGAAGAGCAGUGGCAUUACAUAUCCACUUCAGAAAAUCCGGCAGAUGUGACAUCCCGAGGAACAUCAGCCGCAAAGUUGUCCAAGUCAUCCUGGAUCACUGGACCCAAAUGUCUCCAAAAUCCUUCCUUUCCAGAAAGCAUCUCCGUGCUCAAAGACACUGAGUUGCCAGAAAUUCAGUCCUGCAAAUCUACCAUCAAUGGCCAAGUCUUAUCAAGGCAAGGUUUAAAUCCAGCCAAGUUUGAAAGAUUUUCAAAACGGACUAGACUUCAGGCAGCCAUUGCCAGGCUCAUACAUUACAUCACUACAAAAAACAGUGGUGCAAUUCAGCCCCAAGAUCUUUCGAAAGCCUCAACAGUCAUCCUGAGAUCCACUCAAAGACAGUGUUUUUCAGAAGAAAUAGCUUGUCUAGAAAGAAAAGCAUCCUUGCCCAAAAAUAGUUGUUUAAAGGACUUGAACCCCUUCCUGGACAAUGAGGGUCUCCUUAGGGUUGGAGGUAGACUAAAAAGAGCAAAGAUUAGAUCCUGUGUUAAAAAUCCUUUUAUUUUGCUACACCAUAGCCACAUAGCUCUGCUGUUGACACAGCAUUUCCACACAAAAGUCAAACACCAAGGAAGGUCAAUUACUCAGUCUGCCCUAAGAAACUAUGGGUUUUGGAUUGUUAGGUGCCAACGUAAAGGUUGGGGAUUUGGUGUUACUUAAACAAAAAGAUGCUCCUAGACACCAAUGGGCUAAGGGUAUUGUGUCAAAAUUAUAUCCUAGUCCUGACAAUAGAGUGCGCAAGGCCCAGGUUAAGGUCGUCUCUAACGAAAAGGUUUCUUUGUUUGACAGGCCUAUCAGCGACAUGGUUGUGUUAUUUUCAGAAGACAUACAGUCUUAAAGUUAUUAGAGUUAAAGGUAUUUAACUCCAUUUUGUUUAGAUUUCCGAAAGUCCGGAAAUCUAGGCCGGGAGUGUGACGGCGCGAGUGGCGCCAUUUAUAUGUCAAACUAUAAGUUUCAAGAUUUGAAUUGCUGUAUCAUGCCUGAUUUUGCCCUUACCCUGUAAAUGUAGUUGGAUUGGUUAUUUAUAUCUGUCAAUCAAUGUUGUUUGUACCUGUUACAUUGCUCACUCAGCAAAACUGAAGGCGCUCAUCUUGCUUGGCUUCAGCCAUUGCAAGCUCUAUUUCUCUAUGGGCCCUGGCCUGUGCUAGGUCAGCUUCUUGUUGGGCCCUAGCCUGUGCUAGAUCAGCUUCUUGCUGGGCCCUAGCCUGAGCUAGAAGCAGUUUCUGCUUGGCUUUAGCCUGUUGAAGGAGGAGUUCCUCUUCAUUGAAAGCAAAGUCUUGCCUAGCCAUUUCUGCAGACGCCUCUGCUUCUAAAACCUCUUUUCUAAUUUUCAAACGGACAGCCUCUCUGUUGUAGUGGGCUGCUUUGGAAGAAGUACUGAUGAAUGAGUGUGUGGAUUGGGAGGAACUGCUAUGCCUAGAUGAAUGCUUGGAUUUAAGGCUAGCAUCAUUAGAUGGAAUCUUGAGCAGACUGGAUCUAAGGCUUACACAUGGGGAGCCUUGAACCCUUUCUUCUGCACCUUUGAAUAAGGAACUGGGCUCUGGUUCAAAUAGAACUGCGCUGUAGCGCCUCCUCUCUUCUUGUAGGCUAAAAGAAAUUUCCUUAGCCCUAUCUAAAGACUCUGGAGUGUUAAUUUUGUUCAGUACAUAGAUUAUUUCUUCUGCAAUAGCACUCCCAUUAUUGAAGGCCUUUAAAAAUUCUUGCCUAAGAAUUUCCUUUUCCUUUGGGCAAAGGGAUGCCUUUAUUGCAUCAGCUAUGGUUGGCAGGUUUUGCCAAGCUCUGUUAAACCUCUGCCUAAGCUGGCCUUCCUGCUGCAAAAGGCAGAGCAUUGUUUUCUCUGUGGGGUACCUUUCUCUGACAGGGCGGGGGGAUUUGACCCUUGUUUGCAAAAUCUCAUUGCUAUGACUUGACAUUCUGUAAUUCAAAAGGAAACUUAUCCCAAGUUUCAAACAGUACAAAAUACAAUACUAUAUAACUAUACAAUUAAAGGCACACAAAAGGGCAAUGCAAUACUUUAAACAAGACAAUUAAAACAGCUGCUUAACUGAGAAGUUAAGCCUGGGCUUUCAUAAACUUGCAGCAGGCUCUGAAGAAAUGGCAGGAACUGCAGAAGGUUGGAAAUUUAUUGCUUUGCAAACUGAGUUCUGGAAGAGGCUUGGCUGAGCUGUAAAGGCUGGCUUCUGGAGAAAUGUAUCUGCUUUGCAAAAAGCUUGAUCUUGUGCAGUUGAAGAGCUGAAUGUAGCAAUUAGCUGGCUAGCUUGAUAAACAGAAAAGGCGGGAAACCUAGCCAAUGUUUCAAUUUUGCAAAGGCUUGGCUUCUAGCAAAAUGUAUCCACUUUGCAGAAAGCUUGAUCUUGCUGCAAAUGUCUCAAUUUGCAAAGGCUUGCUUCAGAUGCAAAAAGGGCGGGAAAGCUUGCAAAUGACUCAAUUUUGUGAAGGCUGGGCUUCCCUCUGGAGGCAAAGGCAGGCUUCUUUUGACUUCUUUACCUUUAGGAGACUAUGGGCUUGGCAAAUUUAAGGCCCUUUCACUCCUUCUUUUCCCUUCUUAGCACUUCUGGAAGGCAUCUUUCAGCAGUUCUGGAAAAGAAGGCUCCUCUCUCAGUACUUCUGGAAAAGAAGGCUUCUCUCAGCACUGUGCCGUCGCGCCUGGGGCUGUAAACUCUUAGUGAAAGAGGCAUGGAUUGCUUCUUGCCAGGGGAUUGCUUCUUGCCCUCCUUUAGGGAAACUGGAACUCCCAAGGACCAAAACACUGUAGUUAACUCAAAACUGGGUUUAUUCUUCACAAAGGGGGUAAAAGAAAAUAUACAUUACAGUCUUUGAUUGUUUAAGUCCAUGAAGCUUGUCCAGAUCCCUCUUUCUCUGGCUGUGAAUGCUGGAGCAAACUCAGCCUCAGUCCAAUGACCUAUAUCUGAAGACAAGAGUCUUCCUCUGUUGCCAAAGGACUGAUGUGAAGGCGCUUGAGACUCCUCAACGUUGUUCAGGUUGGCCCUGAACAUGAAGUGUGAGUCCCAAGGGUAAGAACCUCAGAAUUGGUGCUGAGAGGUAACUUUUGAAGGGCUUUCAGAGCCAAGCCUCUCUUUCACGUCCAUCCGAUAGAGUGGAAUGAAAAGGAGGAAACACAGUCCUACUCCAGGAAGAGGUGGAGCCAAACAGUUUUGCUGAGUGAGCAAUGUAACAGGUACAAACAACAUUGAUUGACAGAUAUAAAUAACCAAUCCAACUACAUUUACAGGGUAAGGGCAAAAUCAGGCAUGAUACAGCAAUUCAAAUCUUGAAACUUAUAGUUUGACAUAUAAAUGGCGCCACUCGCGCCGUCACAGUAACAUAAUAAAAUAACUUUGCCAUUUACAUCAUACAAUGAAAUUGAAUGCUAUCCCCAAUCACAUUAUAUCUGUACAAAUUACAAAACACCCAACCUGCCACAUACUAAUCACUAUUGCACAACACCUAAUGCCACAUCAGUGUGAGAAGACAGAGUUCAAUAUAAUCACAGCUCUGGGAUAAAAGCUAUCUCUCAGCCUAUUUGUCCUUGUUUUUAUCAUCCUAUUCUGUCUGCCAGAUGGUAAUAAUAAUAAAAAAUAAUAUCAAGAGUGAAGGUGAUCCUUAAAAAUAUUUUGAGCUUUCUUAAGGCAUCAGGAAUUAUAAAGUUCUUCCAAAGAGGGGAGAGGGCAGCCAAUAAUUCUCUGGGCAGCAGUGGUAUCCCUCUGGAGCACCUACCUAUCUGCCACUAUGCAAUUAGCAGAGCCGGCCCUAGGUAUUUUUCAAGUGUAGGCGAACAGAAUUUUGGUGCCCCCCCCCAAACCAAUCACUGAAAAAUAAAAGCGUUGGAUAAGCGAAAAUGUUGGAUAAUAAGGAGGGAUUAAGGAAAAGCCUAUUAAACAUCAAAUUACAUUAAGAUUUUACAAAUUAAGCUCCAAAACAUCAUGUUUUACAACAAAUCAACAGAAAAAGCAGUCUCGACUGCGCCCCCGUAUGUUUUGCGCCCGAAGCGACCGCUUAAUUUGCCUCAUUGUUGGACCAUCUCUGGCAAUUAGCAAACCAUACGCAGAUGCAAUAGGUUAGAACACUCCCUAGCCCAGUGGUAGAAAGUUAUCACCAGUUUCUCAUUCAGUUGUUGGUUCCUUAAAAGUCUCAGAUAAUACAAUCUCUGCUGGGCCCUCUUAACUAACACCGCAAUUUGAAUGCACCAGGUCAAGUCUUCCUUAACAGUAACACUCAGGAACUUAAAACUGGCCACCCGCUCCACUCAUUCUCCAUUUGUAACCAAAGACUGAAUUUCUCAUCUAUUCCUCCUGUAAUCUACUAUAAGAUCCUUGGUUUUAUUGAUGUUAAGAACCAAAGUAUUGUCCCUGCACCACAGGAGCAGCCAAUCCACCUCAUCUCAGUAGGCAGACUCAUCCCCUUCAGAAAUUAGCCCCAUCACUGUUGUAUCCUCUGCAAAUUUGACAAAGAUAUUACUAUGGUGAACGGGGAUACAAUCAUAUGUGUAAAGAGUAUAAAGUAGAGAACUCAACACACAGCCCUGUGGUGUACCAGUGUUGAUAAUAAGAGCUAAAGAGAUAUGAUUACCUAAUCUAACCAUCUUCGAACGUUGACAAGCUCCAACACUUUUGGGCUUCAGAAGAGCCCUAAAAACAUGGUUAUGUGCUCAGGCUUUUAAUGAAUAAUGGCAAAGACGACACGGACUGACUUAUGGCUAAAGCACGACGUUUUUAUGGACAAAUGGAUCUAUUUGUUUUAAAAAUUUUAUAUUGUAUUUAAUAGUUUUAAUUGAUUGUAUGUACUGUGUAAUUUUGAUUUUGUGUAGGCAUCAAAUUACUGCCAUUGUUGUAAGCCACCCUGAGUCCCUUCGGGUGAGAAGGGUGAGAUAUAAAUGUUGGAAAUAAAUAAAAAGAAAUGCACAGAUGUAGGAUGGGUGAUACCUGGCCUGAAAACAGUCCUUGUGAAAGGGAUGUAGGAGUCCUAGUUAACCACAAGCUGAACAUGAGUCGACUAUGAUGUAGCACCUAAAAAAGCCAACAUGACUCUAGGUUGCAUCAACAGAAAGUAAAAAUACACUCUGUUCUACUUUGGUCAGAUGUCACCUGGAAUACUGUGUCCUGGGCACCACGAUUCAAGAAGGAUAUUGAUAAGAUGGAACUUGUUCAAAGAAGGGCAACCAAAAUUGCCAAAGUUUGGAAGCCAAAUCCUAUGAGGAAUGGUUUAGGGAAAAUAGAAUCAUAGAAUCAUAGAGUUGGAAGAGACCUCGUGGGCCAUCCAGUCCAACACUCUGCCAAGAAACAGGACAAUCACAAAAAUUUUGUUUUUGAUAUGUUAUCUACGUUGUUUAUAUUCUCGACUAUAUUUUAUUAUUGUAAGCCAUUCCGAGUCACUUUUUGGGAGAUGGGGCGGGGUGUAAAUAAAAAAUUAUUAUUAUUAUUA